UCUCGCAAGAUCUCCCUGCCUGUGGAGGAGAGUUGAUCAAGUUUUUUUUUGUUGCCGUGGGCUGGUUUAUGAGUUGUCGAUUGAAGGAAUUCUUCUCUUCCUAAAGGGGCUCGGACUGUAAUGUCUUUGCGAGUUAUUCUUUAACCCAUAUUUUCUUCUUUUUUUUUGAGUGGAGUAAAUUAGAAGAAAAUGAGCUUCCUUUUUGGGGUUCGAAAUAACAGAACUUUCAAACCGAAAAAGAACAUUCCGGAGGGGUCACAUCAAUAUGAACUGCUAAAACAUGCUGAAGCAACCUUGGGCAGUGGUAACCUUCGCCAGGCUGUUAUGUUACCAGAAGGAGAGGAUCUUAAUGAAUGGAUUGCCGUUAAUACUGUUGACUUCUUCAACCAAAUCAACAUGCUAUAUGGAACAAUAACAGAAUUCUGUACAGAACAAAGCUGUCCUGUUAUGUCAGCAGGACCAAGAUAUGAAUACCAUUGGGCUGAUGGCACAAACAUUAAAAAACCAAUUAAGUGUUCUGCUCCAAAAUACAUUGAUUAUCUGAUGACAUGGGUACAAGACCAGCUUGAUGAUGAGACCCUCUUUCCUUCUAAGAUAGGAGUACCCUUUCCUAAAAAUUUCAUGUCUGUGGCCAAGACCAUCCUGAAACGUCUGUUCAGGGUCUACGCUCACAUUUACCACCAGCAUUUUGACUCUGUGAUGCAGCUUCAGGAAGAGGCCCAUCUUAAUACUUCGUUCAAGCACUUCAUUUUUUUUGUUCAGGAAUUUAAUCUGAUUGACAGGAAAGAGCUUGCUCCACUCCAAGAUCUAAUUGAAAAACUUGGAUCAAAAGACAGAUGAGUGUUCUUAAAGGAUUGAAACCCUUUUUCCACAUCAGCGUGAUCUUAGUGCUUCUCUUUUUCUACCUUCAAGAUCCCCUGUUUCCUGCACAUACACAGUAUGAUGUGUGAUCAUUGUGAGCAUGCUCUGUGGAAAAAUCCAUUGUCUCCGUCAUUGUGUAAAGUGGUACUUUGAUAUUAGUGUGAAUAGCUUUUGAAAAGCAAAUCCAUAAGCUGUUGGUUCUGGCCUUAUGUCAAUGUUCUAAAUACAUUGCCAUUCAACCACGUUGAAAGGUUCAAAGGUGCCCAAAUGUUGUACAUGUUUUCAUAAAGGAUAUUGCGAUAUUGAUUUUUCUUCCUCCUAUAUGUGACUGGCAUAGUUAAAUACUCUGGAUUUAUUAAAAUAUGUUGGCAAAGUAUGCUGAAGACAUUUAGGGAGAAGAAAACUAUUGCUGCACUAGUUUGAUCCAUUUGGAUUCUUGACUGAUGGGUUUGUAGCCUGGAUUCCUGGUUUCUGCAUGCUCCACCUACCUCUUUGCUUCUUAUUUGAGGGAAGUUGGAAAACUAACAUGAUUCUUGUCUUUGAGCUAAAAGCAAACUGGAACUUGUGCAGUUUGAAUGUAUGUUUUAAAUGGGUUGAUUUGCAGUGUGACUGCAGGUUGCUCAUGCUGCAAAUAGACUAGUUAAUUGUAGACUAGUUAAUUGUACACAGUCUCUAAAUGUACUUUUUGGAUUAAAAAGACAGUGGAACAAUUUUAUACUUUUGUCAGUGCAUACACAUACAUUUAUUCACUUAUCUCUAACAACAUUAUAGGUGUUAUAAUUGGCUAGGCAUUAGUGAGGCAUCUUUGUCCAUGUCAUAGAUUGACAGUACAGUAAUGGCAAUACAGUUAACAUAACCCUCAAUUUUAUGUGAGGUGUUUACAGUACCUGCAAAUUUUUUAAGGCAACUCUAGUACUUUUAUACUUUUAGUAGAAUUGGCUCACAACUUUAAUCAAUCGCUUCAUACAAGUAAUGGGUUUUGAAUUGAAGGAAAAUGUUAAAAUCUUUUGCUUGAAUAGUGUCACAACUCAAACAAAUUGAUGCGAUAGCACAUAGCAGGAGGAAAAGUACCACUAGUUGAUUUUUUUAAACCCAAAAAUUCCCUAUGAAUUUCAUGUACUAAGCUGUUGAUAUACUGUCUGUAACCAGCUGAUGAUUGUAUGACUUCACUCUUUUUUCAUUUAAAGCUUUUAUUGUUUUGGUUUCUGAUAGCACAUCAUCUGACCACUUUUUGGAAUUUCGCAAUCACCACUUGGUUUGGCUCUCGUAAUUGCAGUUUUGGAUUAUAACACAGAGCAUGUACGAUUGCAUAUUGUGAAAACUGUGUUGCCUUUAUUUCUGAUGUUAUUAGAUGCACUUUGGGGACUGUGCCCAGUUGCCUUAACUAGACUACUUUUCAAAACUUGGUCAGUCAUGCUUUAAUAUUGAAUUUUUAAAUAAGUUUUUAUGCAUCUAUGGUGAAUAAGAAACUUUGCAGCAGGAUGUAACUUUUUAACCUGUGAUUGCAUUUUUGCAAAUAGUCAUGGGGCAAGGGGACUUUUUUUUUAAAAACUAGCAAUAAUUUGCUUGAAGUAAAUGCCAUUUUUAUUUUAAAUAUCAUUGUCCAAACAUUGGUGACUACUGAAAACAACCACCUGCCAGACAUAAGAAUUUUCAAACUUUCUUUUGCUGCAGUACAAACUCCAAAGUAGUUUUCCUGUAUAUUGGUGGAGAAGAAUUGAACAGUCUUGGUAUUUUGGCCAAGUUGCAUUUUCCUGUUCAAAUGUUGCUAGUCGUUGUUAAUGUGAUUCUUUUUCAAUUGGUUUUGAUGUUUAGCACAGUAAAGGUCCGGGAGAGUGUCGGGCUGAAUUUAAAGUUGAGUUGAAGUUAAGUGGAGUUUUAUUUUUAUGAUAGCAUGUUCUUCCCAAUUUGAAAACUGUCUGUGAAUCAGAAUGUGUCAAAGUUUAGGAAAAUCACUGGAUGGCUAUCACUAAUUGUUAUAGUGCAUUCUCCUGUCCAAGGCCUUCCUUUUCUCUUAGUUUGGUUGUCAUCAUUACUUGCCCAGAUGGUAAAUUCACAAUGUAUGUUUGGCACUGAUAAAUGCAAGAAUAAAUCUCUGCAUCAAUUUCAGCUGAAGUAACUGAAGAGGGUAAGGGUAAGUUGUUUAGAAUAGAAUUUGGAAAUGGACUUGUCGAAGGGUGGGAGAAUUAGUUUCCAAUGGUUCAAGAUCAGCUGAUUCCUCACUUAUCAAAAGCAAAUCAAUCCAAGAUAAUUGGAUUUCUGACCCAUGAAUGAUAGAAACUUGUUUUGUAAAAUACUCUUCCUAAUUGAGUCCUGCCUUCCAAGUCUGGGUAAAAAGGAAUUCUCAAUUUUUUUUUUUACAUUGAAAUCAUAUAUUAUAAAUGUUGAUUUCUGUAUUUCUAGCAGACAGCAAGUAUUUGACAUUUGCCUCUCUAGAAUUUUGGUUUGGGGUAAUUUCUAAGGCUUAUAUAUGCCUGCUGGGCACAGGGUGAUCCUGAUAAAGAAAUAAUGCACAUUUGUUUGACCAGAGUGGUGCUUGCAGUAUAUAAAACUAUGGUUUAUUGCAAUCUGAAAAAAACAGUAAAUUCAAAUAGUGUACUCUUAAUUGUCAAUUCAUUAACUACUGUGAAUCAGCAGAUGAAUUGCUUUUGAAUAUUUGUAUUUUAGAAAUGUUCAUAACAUGUAAGAGUUAGUUUGAAAAGGAUAAACAUCACAGUUGAAGGAGGAACAUGCUUUGAUAUUGGUUGUAUCUUUUGCUUAUCAAUGGUGACCGGGUGCACCUUUUUUUCUACAUGUAAUGAAAUAACUAGCAAACAUAAAUUUGGUUCAUAUUGAUAUGGUGUUGCCAACUUUUAUACAAUUCUGUUUUUUCAUAUGGUAGAAUUCUAUACUUGAAGCAAGAAGGCAGAGUUACAAUUGCUUUACUCCUGAAGUCCUCUAAAUUGAGCCAGAAAUACACUGUGAAGUGGAAUACAGCAACCUCAAAAACCCAAUUCUUCUUGUAGGAAAUUGUGAUGGUAUACAGAUCUAAUGCUAAACAUUAAUCCUCACCGGCUUUUUGGAGCGUGCUCAAUGGUGUGGCAAGUAGUAGAGGGCAGAACCUCAUUGCAAUGGUGAAGAUUUUUUUUUGGAAAAGCAGCUAACAUUCUACAGUGAAGUAUGCUAUUGAAUUUUAGUUUGUGGAUAGAUAACUUUAUUGUUAAAGUGGUCUGACUGGUGGCAUGUUGUCUGUACCUGUAAGCAAGUGGUCUGAAGGUCCAGCCUGGAUUAUUUAACCAUGUAGAAGAGGCAAUCUAAAUUUGGUUCAAGUUCAAAUUUUUAUUUGAAAGCAGUCAGAUUGGGUAGGCUGUUGGGAAGGGUGGAGUUCAAAAAAAACUCACAUUAUAUGAACCAAUACAACAUUUGAACUGGAAGAAGAUGCUUUCAUACCAGUGACCACUGAAUAGAACUACUGGAUCAGUACAACAGGUAUUUAAGGGUUGCCCAGGCAUUUUCAGAAGAAUCACCAGUGGAAACUUUUUUUUGAAAGUUGCUGGGCCUGAAAGUUUUGGGCAAUCCUUUCAAAACCAGAUAAAGCUCAAGAUUCUUGACUCUUGAACUGAGAAAAAGCAAACAUUGCAGCUGGCAAUAUUUUUUCCUGUUUCAGCAAUCUUUUUGUUCUUUAUAAAUCCUUCAUUUUCUACGUGCAUAUAUAUGAUGAGACCUAAAUUACAUUUGAAUUUACAUUUCAAUUUGUGCAAAUAAAAUGAUUGAAGCCA